AAGACAGAAGACAGAACUCCAGGGUGUUCUGUUCUGAGACUUAAAGAAAUCCAACAGUUCAAGGAGAAACAUUUGUAAUCUGGAGUUAGGUAUUCAGUCAUGUUGGUGGUCUUCCUUGCCAUCCUGAGCCUCAGUGCCUGCUCCCCCGGUGCUGCUGCACCGCGACCUGGCGCCAUUUCUGGGCUGCAGUCGGUUGCCUCGGCACCAACCAGAAACAAGCUGCUGCUCAUCUCCUUUGACGGCUUUCGCUGGGACUACGACCGAGAUGUGGAGACCCCCAACCUGGAUCAAAUGGCUCAGGAUGGUGUGAAGGCAGCCUACGUAACACCGCCAUUCCUCACCAUCACCAGCCCCUCUCAUUUCACCAUGGUUACAGGGCGAUACAUCGAAAAUCAUGGAGUCAUCCACAACAUGUGGUUCAACACAACCACUCAGGAGAAGAAGCAGUACUACCAGGCACAGUUUGUGGAUUCCUACUGGGACAACGGCAGCUUACCCAUCUGGAUAACGGCUCAGAGACAGGGCCUAAAAACCGGCUCUCUGCAUUUUCCUGGCACUGCAGCCACGUAUGGAGGCGAAACUGUGAUGCUGAGGCAAGUGGAACCUCCUUUCUACAAUUAUUCCAAUGAGACGGACUGGAGGCUCAACAUUGACAAUGUGAUUGGGGAGUGGUUCCACAAACAGGACUUAGACUUUGUCACCAUGUACUUUGGAGAACCUGAUAUAUCUGGGCAUGAUUAUGGACCAGACUCCCCAGAACGGCGAGCAAUGGUUCAACAAGUGGACCGUACCAUAGGUUACAUCCGGGAAAAGAUCCAAGUCUCUAACCUCACUGACCGACUCAACAUCAUCAUCACUGCUGACCACGGGAUGUCUAGAGUUCUGCGAGGUGAAAUCAUUGACAAGAUUCUCCUCUCUAAGAUCCCUGGUUUCAGCUUCAAAGACAUCCAGUUCCAGGUGUUGGACUAUGGUCCCAUGGGGAUGCUGCUUCCAAAAGAGGGGAAACUGGAGAAGGUUUACCAGACUCUGAAAGGAAGCCACCCACACCUUCACGUGUUUAAAAAAGAGGAGAUGCCACCAAGAUUACACUAUAGCAGUCAUCCUCGAAUCCUGCCCAUCGUCCUGAUCGCUGACCCUGGAUACGUCAUCAAUGGGUUCUUACCUCUGCAUUACGUCAAAGGAGAGCAUGGCUUUGACAAUGAAGUGAUGGACAUGAAGGCCUUCUUCAGAGCUGUGGGGCCUGACUUCCAGAAGAACCUGUUGGUGGAUCCCUUUGAGUUGAUCCACCUCUACCCACUGAGCUGCCAUCUGCUGGGCAUAAAGCCGGAGGUCCACGAUGGGCUCCUGCACAUCACCAAGUCCAUGCUUGUCUCCGAGAUGAACCCUGGAGGAGAAUCUCCUGGGAGCACCCAUCGAACGGCGCUGCUUGUCGGCAUGGCAAUAGCCACUGGGUUUCUGGUGCUCGUGUUUGGUGUCCUCUACAAAAAGACAAAAUGCUGAAAUGUGUCUCAGAAUAAUGUGAAAAUCUUGAAGAUCCUGAUGAGCUCUAAUUCAAGUUAAAGUAGCAUUUAUUCCAGAACACAAAAGGUUG